AUGGAUACUUCUAAUGAUUUUCAACAGAAGGAUUUGUUGUCAUCUAAAUUAACACUUUCAAUCAUUUAUGAAAAAUAUAAGGAAAUGAUUGAGAAGAUUAGUGACUUUUUUGAUGUUAUUGAGGAUUUUGAUACCAAUGUUCGAGUUUUAGAACCUGAGAAACCAACACGAGCUCACACCAUGAGACGUAUUGUCAUUGGUAACCAUUGCUCAAUGCAAAUAGUUAUUGAUCCAUUCAAACCUAGAGAAAAACCAAAAGAUAUCAAACUUUUGGGAUCUGAUUCAAUUAUUUCACCCCUAAAGUUCAACCUCAAUAACAAUAGAAACAAGUGGAAUAUGAACAAACUAUUACGAGAGAAUUUGGAAACACUUAUGGAUAUCGAAUUUCCAAAACCUUCAACCGACCCAACCACAGAACAAGAUGAAUUCUCUGAAAAUUGUGGUGUCUGCUACUCUUAUCGUCUCAACAUGAAAAUCCCAGAUAAGGUCUGUGAUAAUGUCAAGUGUGGUAUGCCAUUCCAUUCUGAGUGUCUCAUUGAAUGGUUGAGAUCAAUUCCAGGCACUCAUCAAUCCUUUGAUACAGUCUUUGGUAGUUGUCCUUAUUGUUCCUCAACUCUUUCAGUUUCCACCUCAAAAUAA